AUGUACGUCUAUGAUAAAGAUGAAGAUCUAAUAUCGGUUUAUUUUAUUAAAAAUAAUAGUAUUCUUAGUUCACUUUUUCGUAUGAUUAAUUUUCAAUCAAAAAUUUCAUCUGAUAUAUCACAAUCAUGUUGGACAGUUGUUGGUGAAUAUCAAUAUAAUCAAGAUAAUUAUUCUAUUUUGUAUUUAUUUGUAUUUAAUGAUAUAGAUUUAUUACAUUUUGAAAUAGGUCAUCAAGUCAAAGGACCAUUUAAAGAUUAUGUAUCAAAAAAAAAAAUUUUCCAUCGAGAAAAACAAGAAAAUUGUUUUCAAAUUUAUUGUAUAAAAUUAGAGUUCUUUAAAUAA